AUUUAUCAAUAAAUCCGCUGUCACACUGUUGUUGUGAAAUUGCGCCUUUGAAGAGUUCUGAAUUUCUGUUAAUAAACCAAGACAAUGGCCACUAACAAGGAAUGCCUAGUUAUUGUGCUGGACAUACGGAACUGCGCUGCCGAAGAGUUUAAACUGAAGUCUGUAAAAUGUGCGGCCGAAAUAGUGAAGGAUAAGAUUGUGUGCAGCAGCAAGGACCAUGUUUCGUUUGUACUGGUGGGCAGUGACAGUGCUUAUAACGAUAACAAAUGCCCGAAUGUGACGUACUUCAAGGAGGGGGUUUUGCAGCUCUGCAGCUGGCAACUGUUGCUGGAUCUCUUUACAUUUGUGAAUGCAACCGCCUGCGAGCAAGGCGAAUGGCUGGACGGAAUAAAGGUGGCCCUAGACAUGCAGGACAAAGCCUUGGUAUUUAAGCCCGCGAGGCAGCGCAUACUUCUGCUGUUUGACUUCAAUUCAGUGCCACAGAACUACGGCGAGUUCAAUUCAAUCACCGACACGCUACUGAACUCUGGCAUCGAAUUAAUUGUUGGAUCCCACAACAUUGCUUAUAUAGACAACGCAGAGAGCGGUGACCCUCAGGCUAUUUUCAAUUUCUCGCGAAAAUGCACUCCCGAGGAGCUGGAGAACCAAAAGUAUGCGAUGAGUCUCGUUCCCCGCUGCAAUGCCACGCUCUGCAGCUUCAAGGAGACUCUGCAAACGGUCUUCAGGGUGACCAACAGACGGCCGUGGUCGUGGAACGCUAAGCUGUACAUCGGGAGCAAAAUCAGCAUCAACGUACAGGGGGUGAUUGCCAUGAAGAACCAAACGCCCGUGAAGCUACAGCGGGUCUGGGCCGAUGCUGAUGAGCAGGUUUCGCGUGAGACGCGCCAUUUCAUCAAGGGCGCCGAGGUGACGCCCCUGCCCGAGGACCUUAUGACCGGCUACAUGCUGGGCGGCACAGCUGUGCCCUAUGAUGAUGCUCUGAUCGAGCCAAAAGCGCCGCAUCCGCCAGGUCUGCACUUUUUUGGAUUCAUCAAGCGAGAAUCGGUGCCGGAUGAGUACUUCUGUGGGGACUCGUUGUACCUGCUGGUCCACCAGAAGGGGAGCACAGCAUCGGCCAACAAACUGGAUGCUCUGGUUAGGGCUCUGGACAGCAGCAAGCAUGCGAUGCUCUGCUGGAAGAUCUACAGCCCCAAGUUGAACACCCCGAAGAUGGUUAUUCUGCUGCCGAAAUUGCCGGACGACAACCAUCCGGCGACACUGUACAUGCUGGAGCUCUCCUACACGUCACAGCAUCACUUCUGGGACUUUCCGUCGCUGCGCACGGCCAAGUCGGAGUGUAGCGACGAGCAACUGGAGGCCAUUGACAGGCUGAUCGACAGCACCAACUUGGAGUGCAGCCUCAACGACACCCAACAGCCGCGACAGUGGCGCCAGAACGAUCUGCUGCCCUUUGACAGUCUGCCCAGCAUCUUUGAGCAGAACGUGAUGGAUGUCCUGGAGCGGAGGGUGAUCAAGGAUCGGCAGAAUGAAGAGCAGUUCAAGGAAAUGCUGAAGGACAAGAACUUUGUCGAUGUCUUCUGGAGUGUGCCCGAGCAGCUCGAAGAGAAAUCAAAGCAAGCAGCGGCCACCGUCAAGAAGCUCUUCCCACUAAAGCAAAGCAGAGCCUGGCUGGAGAAGCUGCAGGCCAAGGAGCGGGCCGAGAAUGCUCUGCCCAUCAAGGCGGAGCCCCAAGAGGAGGAGGAAAUUCCCAUUCCAGCGGACGGCGUGGGCUUGCUCACACCCGUCGAGGACUACACGCGCCUCAUGACAAACGUUCGCACCAUCAGCAACGUCACACGAAGGGAUGCCCAGGUUCAGGCACUGUCCGCACAGGUUCGUGUGGUCAUUUUUACACUUCUCGAGCGGAAAAAGCUCAAUCUGGAGCAGCUGGGCGAGCUCAUAUCGCAGUACCGAGACACCUGUCACGACUUCAAUGCGUUCCUGGAGUACGAGAGAUUUGCUGACGAGCUGAAGGAGAUUGCUCUGGCAAAGGGACUGAAGGAGUUCUGGCAGGAGGUCAUGCAGGCCAAGCAGCUGGGUCGCUUGUUGCUGGGCGAGCAGUCUCUACACGAGAAAGAAACCCUCAAGGCAUAUUACACCAUUGAUGAAUGGCAGGCGGCAGAUCAGGCGGCGUCUGGAGAUGCAUAAAGGUUUCUUUUCUUUGGGUU